AUGGACCACUCGGAUCUGACUGAAUCCCACGCCAGAGAGGUCACUAGAACGCAUCGCUCUUCAUCCUCUCCAUCCGAAGCCUCGAAUUCAGCACGCAUGUCGCCGUCAACCCUGCCACAGGCAAGUAAUGGUGCUGAUCGAGCUGUACAUAAUGGGAACUCCGCACAGCGGCAAUCCAGUUCGAUCGAGGGCCUGAGAAACCGAGAUUCCGGAUCUGGCAACGGGGGUCACUCAAAGGAUCCAACACAAGGAAACAGAGGGAACACCGAUGCAUCAAACGAUCAGUCGGAUUUGGACGAUUCACAUAUCGCGUGGUAUACUCGACUGGCGGAGAGAUAUGGCAGUGUAGAACUCGAAAAUAAGGGAAGUGUCGCUCGAGAUCAUCUUGCAUUAGCUUUUGCUUCCAUUGGGAUCGCAGUGACCCAGCUCUUCCGCCUGAACGCGACCAACGCACCGUCUUCCGACGUAUCUUCUCAACAGUUUCCUUCUCUCCUUUCACCCCCUUUCUAUGAUUCCGCAACAAUACAGAUCACGUCUGAAUCCCAACGACUGCGGAAUAUUGGCAAACCUCUCGGAACGACGUUCAUCGGGAUCGCCCUGAUGAUCCUUCUGAUUGGGUUCCACCGCUAUUUUGAGAGUCAGUACUGGAUCAUCAGGGGUAAAUUUCCAGCGAGCCGUGGAAGUGUUGCUCUGGUAGCAAUCGUUGCGGCUGCUUUGAUCGUAACCUCUUUUGUCGUCAUACUCGCAAUUUCGCCAAGUGCUACCGAGAGUUAA